AUGUACGCCAUGGCUACGAAUGCGUCAAACUCUUCAACCAGUACCGUGGACUCGGAAACCUCAUUCACUCAUUCCUCACUACAGAGUUAUGACUUUCAGCAGACCGCUUUGGGAUUCUUGGGCCUGCCAACAGAGAUUCGGCUCGAGAUCUACGGGUACUUCCUCUUAGCCCCCCUGGCCUCUUCACCUCGAACCAACGAGACAUCAUACAAGGGUCUACGUUCAAUUCUACCCGUGAUACUCUCACCAGAAACCUGGACUGUAGGAGGCCGGCCAAUAGCAAGUUUAUUUCCUCUCUACCCUGCCAUUCUAUCCACCUGCAGGGCCAUCCAUGAAGAAGCAACAGAGGUACUCUACGGCAAGAAUCUUUUUCAGUUCGGGGUGCCUUACGAAGCAAAUAAUGAAAUCGGUGGGAACAUCAGCAUCCUUGAACAAAGCGAAAACGUAUUUAAAUUCAAUAACAAGGAUUGGCGGUGGCGAUCAGAUGGUCCCCUCCUACUCAGAGACUCCACAUUCGCAUGUUUCCUCAACAGCAUUGGACCCGGUAAUGCUGCCAGCUUGAGAGCCAUUGAAUUCGUCGCGCCCUGCGGCGAGAACAAUAAAUAUCAGUUUCAAUUAAUGACAACGUUGCUUGCGCGUCACGUAUUAGGACUGAAGUUCAUCAGGGUCUCCAAUUAUUUUGAAUGGCCUGUAAACGGAGAUUGGCCUCGAUGCUUGGCUCCUGCAGGCAAAGAUGAGGAGCUGCACCAGAUUUGCCGCACAUUGACAGACUUAGUGCGCGGAUGUCCUUCGCUCGAAGAGUUCGAGUACAGAGGCAGCUUCAUCAAGCCGGAUUCAGAACUCGAGGCGAAGACCGGAUGUCUGGGGAAGAUUUCUCGCCUGUUGGAAGAACGAAAGUCGAAGAACGCUCCUCGUAUGGUACCGAGUCAAGAGAAAGAGAAGGGCGACGAAACCGAAAGCUAA